AGCUGAGCCUUUCGCCUCGAAUCGGGGGUUUCCAAGGGUUCAGAGCCAAGAGGCCUGGGUGUACCAAGCAUGGGUCUCACCGUGACUCUGCCAGCGAAAGAGCAGGCAGAGCUCGGCUCAAAGUUUGUCACGAUCGCAUGCUGUGGGGACUCGCACACACGCGGCGGGUAUCCACAGGAGCUGCAAAAAGCAUUGCAAAGAGCAGAGAGUAGCACGACGUGGAAAGUUCUGGACUUUGGUGCCUGCGGCGCCACAGCGAGCAAAACUCCACGAGCGUAUGCCAAGUCGCCGGUCUUCAAGCAAGCCUUGGCGAUCCAAGCCGAUGUGCUAACACUGCUCUUGGGAACCAAUGAUGCGCACAAGGUGUUCUGGAGCGAGAGUGACUUUGUCGAGAACAUGACGAACUUGGUGAAGCAGAUCCAAGAGAAUGGUGCUGCCAGGGGGCGAGCACCCAGCAUUUUUCUUGGAGUCCCUCCACCGCUGUAUCAUAAAGGGCACUUCAUGGCCUCGCUGUUGAGGCAGAAUGUGAUCAAUCGAGAGCUUCCUAGGAUAAUUCCCCAGUUGGCUGAAGAGCUUGGGGUGGGUAGCUUUGAUGCCUUCUCCGCACUUGGAGGUCCCAAGCUGCAGAUGCCCAAUUCCAUGUCGCCAGAUGGAGUACACCUCAAUCAGGUGGGUAGACGACUGCUAGCAGAAAAGCUUGCUGAGCAGGUCUUGAUCCACCAGGGCUUGCUCAGUCCAGAAGAGGCGCCCGACUCGCCCAUGUCCUGCUCCAGCGAGUCGACCAUGGAACACUCUCCGCCGGCAAGACGGCGCCGAAUGACUUGCAACCACUCAGUGACGCGGUCGCGUGCUGUGCGCCAGACUUGCUGAAAGUCUGACAAUCUCUGGCCAAAGCUACUAGGAACAAGUGCAUCGCUACUAGAAACAAGUGCCUUACUAGUAGUAACAAGAAGCUACUAGAAACAAGUGC